UUUCACUCAACUCCCAUAAGUGAUUAAAACUUAACUCGUAUAUUUUUUUCAGGUGUUCAACGACCAGUUCGAUAACCCUUACAUAUGGAGGCUCAAUUGAUUGUCCUUUUUGUGAUCACAUUUGGGGCAGUGUCCGAAGCAGCGACGGAGACGGAGAGGUCGAAUGGUGGAGGACUUUUUCCUGUUGGUUUAGACGAUCCUAAAGUUAUUCAGGCAAAAGAAUUUCUUGUAAAACUGCACAACAGAGAUGAUCAUCUAGAGAACGUUGAGAUAUUCGUAAAAAAAGCAAUGAGACAGAUUGUUGCCGGAAAUGUUGUUUAUUUGGAUUACAAUCUCAUUUCAAAUGGCAAGAUGAUUGCUAAAUGCCAUGCAGACGUAUUUUCCGAUCUUCACGACAAGAUGGAGCUAAUUUAUAUGCCAGUUCCCCAGUGCCAAGUACCACACUAGUUUUAAUUUAAAAAAUAUCUGUAUCUUCUAUUACCAAAAAAAUUGUCAUUAUAAAAAAUUACUAUUAUAAACUAUAAGAAUAAACAAA